GCGACAAAACUGAAUGGCAAGCAAUCUCAAUUUUGUUGUUCAUAAUUUGCUCUUUUUGACCACUAGCAGAAAAUAAAAUAAACAUGUCAUCAGACGUAGAUACCCUUGUAGAAAUGGGGUUCCCCAGGAACCGGGCGCAACGGGCUCUGCACUCCACGCAAUUCAAAGGUCUUCAGCAAGCCAUGGACUGGAUGUUUGCUCAUGAAAAUGAUGCCGAUAUUGAUGAUCCAUUUGAGUUGCCAAAGGGCAAUGUGCUGGGAAAGGAGGAACCUAAAGUAGAUCAGCCAAUGGAGGUCGAGGGAGAACAGGGUGAAAGUUCAGCAGGAGGUGGUGAAGGGGAGGGUGCGGCUACACCUACAAGUCCCCAACAGGCCAUGUCCCUCAAGUGUGAAGACUGUGGGAAGCUCCUUCGAUCUGAGAAUGAUGUGCAGAUGCACGCUGCUAGGACUGGACAUGCAAACUUUGCUGAAUCAACAGAGGAAAUCAAGCCUUUAACAGCGGAAGAAAAACAAGCACAAUUAGAGAAAUUGCAAGAAAGAUUAAAGGCAAAACGUGAAGAGAAGGAAGCUAAAGAAAAACAGGAAGCAAUUGCUCGGGAGAAAAUGAGACGACAGACUGGGAAGGAGAUAACAGAGGCGAGGCAAAAGCUACAAGAUGAGGAGCUGAAAAGAUUAGCCGAAAUAAAACGGAAGGAGAAGCUGGAGGAAAAGUUAGCUAAGAAAAAGGUUUUAGAUGAUAUUGAAAGAGAUAAGAAGAAUAGAGCUGCACAGUUCGCAAAAGAAAAAAAUCAAGCCAGUCAGCCCCAACAAUCUGCCUCAAAACCACAGCCUGCUGCUCAACCUGUGAAGAAAGACUAUGAUACGUGUAGAAUACAGAUUACCCUGACCAAUGGUCAGAGAAUACAAGAAACGUUUAAUGCCAAGGAACAGUUGGCAAAUGUUCGAGUAUUUGUCCAAACCAAGCGCUCAGACGGAGACGCCCCAUUCCGUUUAAUGACGAACUAUCCCAAGAAAGUAUUUACUGAUGAAGAUAUGGAAAAACCUUUAACAGAAUUAGGACUGGUACCAUCAGCCUCGUUGAUACUGACAAAGCCGCAAUGAAUGAUUGGCUAGGAAACAAUUAUCGAACAUUCGGGUUGAUAACUAAAGACUUACGGACCUCAGGAAUUGUGCCUUAGGUCAUUUCAGUGAUAAAUAUCUUCUCGUUGAUGUACCACUACACCAGUACUCGGUACCAGAUUCUGUGGAUGAAUUGUCUCUCUUUGGGUUACCGCCUGAUCAUGUUUUAACUACGUAAGGAAGUUUCUCAAUAUCCUGAAGGCUCGCGGAAUGAAUGAGUUUACAGCUAGUAUCUCAUGCAAUCAUUUGACAGUUCAAUUUGUUGUCUUUGUUUUGUGAACAAUUUAAAGUAUAUGCAUUCAUGACCAUACACCUUGACCAUGUUCAACCUGUGUAGCACAACUUCUCAUUGCUAUAGUCAUCUUGUGUCUUCAUUUCAAUGUCCAAGUAAACAGUGUGGAUCAUCGCGGUUUUAUCAAGUACAGAUAAUGUAAUUUGUCUAAACUUGGUAUCAUAAACUACAUGUAUUACACAUAAUGAGUAUGUUCAAUUCUUAACUCAACCCUGCUAAGAAUUCAGCUCCAACCCUGCUGAAGUAUUGUGAAAGACAACAAAAUCGAUGUAAUUCAAAGUACCAUAGUAAUCAAAAAAGAAUUUAGUCAUUUGAGUCUCAGUGGGUGAUAUUCACUUGAUUGAAAUACUUACUUUUGAUCAUUGCAAGUCCAUAUUAAAUAUGUUAUUAAGGUUUUCA